GUGGUGCGGACAGGACACCGCACGUGUGGCUGCGGGAUGAAGUUCGCCUACCGGUUCUCAAAUUUGUUGGGGACAGUUUAUCGGUGUGGAAACUUAAAUUUCACAUGCGAUGGAAAUUCUGUUAUCAGCCCUGUGGGAAAUAGAAUCACUGUGUUUGACCUUAAGAACAAUAGAUCUGACACGUUGCCCCUGGCCACCAAGUACAAUAUCAAGUGUGUGGGGCUGUCUCCAGAUGGCCGCCUUGCAAUCAUCGUUGAUGAAGGGGGCGACGCUCUGUUGGUCAGCUUGGUCUGCAGGUCUGUGCUGCACCACUUCCACUUCAAGGGUUCCGUGCACAGCGUCUCCUUCUCCCCUGAUGGCAGAAAAUUUGUUGUUACGAAGGGCAACAUUGCUCAGAUGUACCAUGCCCCCGGAAAGAAGCGAGAAUUCAACGCGUUUGUUCUGGACAAAACCUAUUUUGGGCCCUAUGAUGAGACCACAUGCAUCGACUGGACAGAUGACUCCAAGUGCUUUGCGGUCGGAAGCAAAGACAUGUCCACCUGGGUGUUCGGAGCUGAGCGCUGGGACAACCUCAUCUACUAUGCCCUGAGUGGACACAAGGACGCCAUCGUGGCCUGCUUCUUUGAGUCCAACAGCCUGGAUCUGUACUCGCUUAGCCAAGAUGGAGCCCUGUGUGUGUGGCAGUGUGACACGCCCCCUGAGGGCCUGAGGCUGAAGCCACCUAAGGGCUGGAAGGCAGACAUACUUCAGAGGGACAAAGAAGAAGAGGAGGAAGAGGAUGAAGAGGAGGGAGAUCAAGAAACCACCAUCCGAGGGAAGGCAGUGCCAGCCGAGCAGGAGAAGGUUGGGAAAGUGAAGUACUCGCGGCUGGCCAAGUACUUCUUGAAUAAAGAAGGAGAUUUUAACAACCUGACGGCCGCUGCUUAUCAUAAGAAGAUUCACCUCUUGGUCACGGGUUUUGCUUCUGGAGUCUUCCAUCUGCAUGAGCUCCCGGAGUUCAACCUCAUCCACUCCCUGAGCAUCUCCGACCAGAGGGUUGCUUCGGUUGCCAUCAACAGCUCUGGGGACUGGAUUGCCUUUGGCUGCUCAGGCCUGGGCCAGCUGCUGGUGUGGGAAUGGCAGAGUGAAUCCUACGUGCUCAAGCAGCAGGGCCACUUCAACAGCAUGGUGUCGCUGGCCUACUCCCCCGACGGGCAGUAUAUCGUCACCGGUGGGGACGACGGCAAGGUCAAGGUGUGGAACACCCUCAGUGGCUUCUGCUUUGUCACUUUUACGGAGCACUCCAGCGGGAUCACUGGCGUAACCUUUACUGCCACUGGCCAUGUUGUCAUCACCUCCUCCUUGGACGGCACCGUGAGAGCCUUUGACCUUCACAGGUACCGGAAUUUCCGCACCUUCACUUCUCCACGCCCCACCCAGUUCUCCUGCGUGGCUGUUGACUCAAGUGGGGAAAUCGUCUCUGCAGGGGCGCAGGACUCCUUUGAGAUCUUUGUGUGGUCCAUGCAGACAGGCAGGCUUCUUGACGUUCUGUCUGGCCAUGAGGGGCCCAUCAGUGGUAUUUGCUUUAACCCAAUGAAGUCCAUCCUGGCAAGUGCCUCUUGGGACAAGACAGUGCGCCUGUGGGACAUGUUCGACAGUUGGAGAACUAAAGAGACCUUGGUUUUGACUUCUGAUGCCCUGGCUGUGACUUUUCGACCUGAUGGUGCAGAGCUGGCUGUGGCCACGCUGAAUUCACAGAUCACCUUCUGGGACCCUGAGAAUGCUGUACAGAUGGGCUCCAUCGAGGGCAGGCAUGACCUCAAAACAGGCAGGAAGGAACUGGACAAGAUCACAGCCAAACAUUCAGCCAAGGGCAAGGCCUUUACCACCCUGUGUUACUCUGCGGACGGGCAGAACAUCCUGGCAGGGGGCAUGUCCAAGUUUGUGUGCCUUUACCACGUCCGGGAACAGAUCUUGGUGAAGAGGUUUGAGCUUUCCUGCAACCUGUCUCUGGAUGCCAUGGAGGAAUUCCUGAACCGAAGAAAGAUGACAGAGUUUGGCAACUUGGCACUCAUCGAUCAAGAUGCUGGGGAAGAGAAUGGGGUUGCAAUUCCACUGCCAGGUGUAAGGAAAGGUGAUAUGAGUUCUAGACACUUCAAACCUGAAAUCAGAGUAACUUCUCUGCGCUUCUCUCCCACUGGGCGCUGUUGGGCAGCCACCAGCACAGAGGGGCUUCUUAUCUUCUCCCUGGAUUCCCAGAUGCUCUUCGACCCAUUUGAGCUGGACACCAGUGUGACCCCUGCGCGGAUCCGUGAGGCACUACGGCAGAGGGAGUUUACCCGGGCCAUCCUCAUGGCCUUCCGGCUCAAUGAGAAAAAACUGGCACAGGAGGCCCUGGAGGCUGUGCCACACAGUGAGAUUGAUGUGGUCAGCGCUUCCCUUCCUGAGCUGUAUGUAGAGAAAGUGCUGGAGUUCUUAGCUGCCUCCUUUGAAGUGUCCAGGCACCUUGAAUUCUACCUUAUAUGGACACAGAAGUUACUUAUGUCACAUGGACAGCGGCUAAAGUCCAGGGCAGGACAGUUGCUGCCUGUGGUCCAGUUUCUUCAGAAGGGCCUCCAGCGGCAUCUGGAUGACGUUUCCAAGCUCUGUGAGUGGAACCGCUACAACAUCCAGUAUGCUUUGGCAGUUUCCAAGCAGCGGGGUGUGAAACGCACCCUGGAGCCUUUAGACACAGAGGAGGACACAGAUGCAUCUGAUGAGGACAGUCUGCACCUACUCAGGGAAGCUGCAGAUGAAGAAGAGGAAGGGAUGCUGGUGUAGACCAUGCCCUGCACAGCUGGAUUGGCUGAUGGAGAUGGAACCACUGUGCCCCUGGGGCCAGGAACUGAGAGAUGCCAGAUGCCCCAGGACUCUGCCGCCAGGACUCUUCCUGCCAGAGGCAGCAAGCCAACCUUUUGGGUCCAGGACCGGGAUGGAUAUAAUGGGCACAUGUAUGCCCUAGGCCCAGAGUGCUGCCGUGUCGGUGAUCCCUGCACAUCGCCUUCCUGAGAAGUGGACAGUUUUAGAAUGUGGACUUGCAGACUUCCUAUCAGAGUUAUUUAUAUUUUUAAUAUGAAGAUCUAAGAAUGAACUAUGGGCUGGGAAAUGAGCUUUUUAAAAAAAUGUGAGGACUUCGCCUCUCA